GUCUCCUCUCCCUUCGCGCGCAGGGCAGGGGGGCCCCGAUCCAUGACCAUGGGCGACAAGAAGAGCCCGACCAGGCCAAAAAGGCAAGCAAAACCUGCAGCAGACGAAGGCUUUUGGGAUUGUAGUGUCUGCACCUUUAGGAACAGUGCUGAAGCCUUCAAAUGCAGCAUCUGCGAUGUCAGGAAAGGCACCUCCACAAGAAAACCUAGAAUAAACUCUCAGCUGGUUGCUCAACAAGUUGCCCAGCAAUAUGCCACACCCCCGCCACCUAAAAAGGAGAAGAAAGAGAAAGUGGAAAAACAAGACAAAGAAAAGCCUGACAAAGAAAAAGAAAUCAGUCCAAGUGUUACAAAGAAGAUCACCAAUAAAAAGACUAAACCAAAGUCAGAUAUUGUAAAAGAUCCUCCUAGUGAAGCAAACAGUAUACAGUCUGGGAAUACUACAACAAAGACCAGCGACUCAAAUCACACUUCAAGGCCCAGACUGAAAAAUGUGGACAGAAGUACCGCACAGCAGCUGGCAGUCACAGUGGGGAACGUCACAGUAAUUAUCACAGACUUUAAAGAAAAGACUCGCUCCUCUUCCACAUCUUCAUCUACAGUGACGUCCAGUGCAGGAUCAGAACAGCAGAAUCAGAGCAGCUCCGGCUCUGAGAGCACAGACAAAGGCUCGUCCCGUUCCUCCACGCCAAAGGGCGACAUGUCAGCAGUUAACGAUGAAUCUUUCUGAAAAUUGCACAUGGAGUUGUGGAAAACUAUGAA